AAAAGAGCUAAUAUAUAUCCACCCUCUUCUCCUACUAUUGACACCUUCCUACCUCUUUUAUAUCCCCUUUUACCUUCUCUAUACCUCCUCUAUAUCCCUUUGCCUCUUUUACCUUCUCUUUUGGAGGUAAAAGAGGCAAAGGGGUAUAGAGAAGGUAUAGAGAGAGUAAAAGAG